GAAAUUAUUUGGGAAAAAUAGGAAGGAGUCUGUGUUCUUGAACAGUGCUGUUUUGCCUUAAAUGUUUUUCUAAGAGAGAUCUAUUGCCAGAGGCAACCGUUGCUGUUCUUAGCAUUUGUUUUGAUGUUUAAGAUUAAUUUUUUAUUUAUUUCCAGUCUCUGCUAAAUCAAAUACCUAGGAAAUCGAGACUGUCCUUCAUAGGCAUGAUUCUCCACAUUGGUGCAGAUAGCCAUGAACUAUCCUUUUCUUCUCCCUCUUUUUCCCAGAUAUCUCCCGGGGCCAAUUCAGCACCUCUACCUGGCCAUCCUAACAAGGUGAUUUGUGAAAGGGUGAGACUUCAGAGCCUGUUCCCUCUCCUCCCAAGUGAUCAGAACACUACCGUUCAAGAGGAUGCUCACUUCAAAGCUUUCUUCCAGAGUGAAGAUAGUCCAAGUCCCAAGAGACAGCGCCUCUCUCAUUCAGUCUUUGAUUAUACAUCAGCAUCACCAGCUCCCUCACCACCAAUGCGACCAUGGGAGAUGACAUCAAAUAGGCAGCCCCCUUCAGUUCGACCAAGUCAACAUCACUUCUCAGGGGAACGAUGCAACACACCUGCACGCAACAGAAGAAGUCCUCCUGUCAGACGUCAGAGAGGAAGAAGGGAUCGACUGUCUCGACAUAAUUCCAUUAGUCAAGAUGAAAAUUAUCACCAUCUCCCUUAUGCACAGCAGCAAGCAAUAGAGGAACCUCGAGCCUUCCACCCUCCGAAUGUAUCCCCCCGUCUGUUACACCCUGCUGCUCAUCCACCCCAGCAGAAUGCAGUAAUGGUUGACAUACAUGAUCAGCUCCAUCAGGGCACAGUCCCUGUUUCUUAUACAGUAACAACAGUGGCACCACAUGGGAUUCCGCUCUGCACAGGCCAGCACAUCCCUGCAUGCAGUACACAACAGGUCCCAGGAUGCUCUGUGGUUUUCAGUGGACAGCACCUCCCUGUCUGUAGUGUGCCUCCUCCAAUGCUGCAGGCGUGUUCCGUUCAGCACUUACCGGUCCCAUAUGCUGCAUUCCCGCCCCUUAUUUCUAGUGACCCAUUUCUUUUACAUCCUCCUCACCUUUCUCCUCAUCAUCCUCCUCAUUUGCCACCCCCAGGCCAGUUUGUCCCUUUCCAAACACAGCAAUCACGAUCGCCUCUGCAAAGGAUAGAAAAUGAAGUGGAACUCUUAGGAGAACAUCUUCCAGUAGGAGGUUUUACUUACCCUCCCUCAGCCCAUCCCCCAACAUUACCUCCAUCAGCUCCUUUGCAGUUCUUAACACAUGAUCCUUUGCAUCAAGAGGUGUCCUUUGGAGUACCUUAUCCUCCAUUUAUGCCUCGGAGGCUCACAGGACGUAGUAGAUACCGAUCCCAGCAGCCAAUACCACCUCCCCCUUAUCAUCCCAGCUUACUACCAUACGUGUUAUCAAUGCUUCCAGUGCCACCUGCAGUAGGCCCAACUUUCAGCUUCGAAUUGGAUGUGGAAGAUGGAGAAGUAGAAAAUUACGAGGCCCUUUUAAACCUGGCAGAGCGACUAGGAGAGGCUAAGCCACGAGGACUGACUAAAGCAGAUAUUGAACAACUUCCUUCUUAUCGGUUCAAUCCUAACAACCACCAGUCAGAACAGACUUUGCAAAUCGUACUUGCCCAAUUUGCCGAGCUGAUGCCUCAGAAGUGCAUCGGGAUUCCGAAUGACCAACCUAAGAGCACAAAUUUAGUUUGGGUGUUCCUCUUCACAUGUAUAUACGGACUAUCCAUUGAACUUAAUCUGUGUGGCUUCCAGCCCUCCCUUUACCAAAAGGGUCAAUGGACCUUUCUUUGCACUGUGUGACUUAAUCAACUAUAAAAGCUUACAAUUAGUCUUCAUAAUUAUGGGAUUGUUAUACUAACCGUGUGAUUGGAACUCCAAAGACUUUUUCUUUAGCUUAAUUUCGUGUGUGCACUAACAUUCCCUGGUUUUUGUGUGAUCAUUCCGAGUGUUGCUGCAAGAUUACAGUGGACGUGAUCUUUUAGCAUGUGCUUUUAUAAAAAGUGGUAGCUCCAGAUGAUAUAGCAAUCUACCUUAUAUAGAGCCUUCAGAAACUGUGAGUGGAAAUGAAUGCAACGUAUGACUGUUGGUGAUAAAUGUAUCUCUGUGUGUGAGAGAGAGAGAGAGUGUAACUACUUGUGUGAGGGCAUGGUAGCUAAUGUGUGUGUGAGAUCCUAUAUACCAGCAUGUACCAAGAAUGUGUGUGUAGUUUUAAUUAUGCUGCAAUGUAUAAUCUGGUGUGUUAUUUAAACAGCACUAGUACUGUACACUGGUUUUUCCCUUGUGUUUGCUGUUGCACACUGAUUGCUAAGGGUGCAUCAAUGACAAGGAUUGAAUACUCCAUCCCUUUCCCUCCCAGUGAAUGGAAUGAGAAAGCCUUCUUCCUUUGCUUCAGGCAGCUGUCACCUUCUCUUCGUUGGUGGUCCAAGUGGGUCACUUAAGAAAAAAAGUGUAACAGAUUCUCACUCCAUGAACCUGAUUUUUUUAUUCUGUUGUGAAAACUUUUUAAAUCUCCCAACUUGCUGUUUCCAAAAAGAAGGUGCAAUAUCAUACAUCAUCAGUUAGCAAUAUUAGCAUUUCAAUCAGUGAUUUGAAUGUUGAUACUUUCUUGUUUUUUCUUUUACAUUUCCAGUAAGCUUCUUACAGGAAGUACUUGUGAUUUUUUUUUUUUUAUGUUUAGAUUUGUAGUCUAUUCUGAAGAUAUUUGAGUAAUAUAUUUCUAAGAAUACCACUGGUCCCAUGAAGUCUCACUUUCUAGACUUCCAACAGAAAAAAAUCUGUUAGCUAACUCAGCUUGAUUUCUGGUAUGUGUUCUUUGUUCAAGCUUCCAUAGGCAACUAAGUUGUUUUAAGAAAACCGUAUUUGUUUGUGUUAAUUCACCUGCCACGCUCCAAUUCUGAAAGCUGUCUAGUUGUUAUUCUCUCAGUAAAUGUGCUUCUCAUCAAAACCCUCGUUUCCAGGAUGGAUCAAGUGCUGUGACAGCUCUAGUUCCUUAGACCUGAUGUGCUUUGAUGUUUUAUUGCUUUUCUUUUUAUUUUGUUUGAAUGAGAAAAAUUUAAUAUAACAGGUGUCCAGAAUACUUGCAGUAUAAAUGAAAAUUUGAUUUUUGUAUAAAAAAUAAUGCUGUAAAACAGGAAUUGACCUUCAUUUAGUUGAUCUGAAAUAUUUCACUAUAUAGCUGUGUGAGUUUUUUUAAUAGAUUCAUUGAACAUAA